AUGUCAAGCCAAAGCGAAAGCAGCCCAUCAAAGCUUCAAGAGUCUCUUCGAAAGUUGAAUUUCAAAGUAGCAGAUGCUUCUCCAGAAUAUAUACAAAGAAGAAAGAAGCAGAUGGUUCUUUUCAUGACUGCAGCAGCUGCCACCAUCUUCACAUCUAGAUUCGCCUACAAGUCUACAAUUACAAGACAAUAUGUUCCAUCUUUAUUCCAGGGCAACCACCUGCCUCCACUUAGUUACAAUUUCACCAUGGACGCUGCAGUUGCUGUGGGAACUGGCACUAUGCUUUGUGCAUCAGUCUCGUCUAUGCUAAUCUUCGGUACAUGCUGGGUGCUGGACAUUUCUUCCUUCAAGGAAUUCGGCUGGAGAAUGAAGUCGGCUAUGGGAGGUGUUUCUAGUCAGUUGAAGUUAGCUGACAUGCCUAUGGAUGACGAAUCGGCUUCGAUCCAGGAUGGGUUGAACGAUAUCUUGGAUGGUAAGUUUGAGGCUGACUUCGAGGAUGACACUGUUAAGAACUAG